CACAUUACCAGAAGGAUGUUUUGAUGUUUUGGUGCGUUUAUCUUGAAUUAUGUUAGUCAAAGAAUACAGGAUAAGCAUGCCAUUAAGUGUAGAAGAGUAUCGUAUUGGUCAGUUGUAUAUGAUAAACAGGCAUAGCAAUGAGCAAAGUGAAUCAGGCGAAGGUGUACAUGUCGUAACAAAUGAGCCUUGUGAGGAUGAAAAAUAUGGAACAGGACAAUACACAGAAAAGAGAGUUUAUUUAUCAAGUCGCUUGCCAGCRUGGGUCAGGUCAUACAUCCCAAAUUUAUUCUAUAUUGUUGAAAAGGCAUGGAACUAUUAUCCAUACACAAUAACUGAAUAUUAUUGCUCAUUUUUACCAAGAUUUUCUGUACGGAUUGAAACAAAGUAUCUAGAYGAUAAUGGUUGCACAGAAAAUUGUUUUAAUCAUAAUGAUGACUUAAAUGGAAGAGACGUUGUACAUGUUGACAUCGCUCAUGACCCUAUUCCUGACAAGUAUUAUGUUGAAGAAGAAGAUUGUAGAUACUUUAAAUCAAAAAUUACAGGGAGAGGACCAUUAGAGCAAGGCUGGCAGGAAACUCAACAACCAAUCAUGUGCUCAUACAAACUAGUUAAAGUUUCAUUCGAUAUCUGGGGAUUAAGUCAGCGAGUGGAAUCUUACGUACAUAAGGUCAUCCAAGAUAUAUUAUCAGUUGGACAUCGACAAGCGUUUGCUUGGAUUGAUCUUUGGUAUGAAAUGGAUAUCAACGAUGUCCGUCAAUAUGAAAAAGAAAUGCAAGAAAAAACAAACAGCAAAGUUGGAGUUGACGAGCAAGAAUAACACAUUUUGUAUCAAAUUUACUAAUAUUCAACCAGUUUCUGUAUAUGGAUAUCAAUUUCCUAGCGCAUCCUUCUUACUCAUCUUGGUUCUAAUUUGUUUACUCAUCAUCAUGCUCUCCUAAUGUGGCCGUACAACAGCAUUAGGGCAUUAGGGCGCUUUUCCUAAAACGGAAUGGCAAGAGAGCGUUCUUUUUCUUCAUCAUCAUUCUUCUCGCCUGCUGUUUAUCAAUGUCAAGAGCAUGCUCGACCUCAUUCCACAGUCUAACCUGUGUACCAAUCUUUAGCCAACUCUCUCAAAUCGCUUAACCUUAUUCUCUCACGGUUGAAAAAGGCACAGGAGGCCCAUUAGACAUGRAUAGACAUAAUGAAUAAUGUAAAUAGUGAAAUCAGUGGCAAAU